CGUCGAUGUUGUGCCCGUAGAUCAACACAUCGCCGAGAUGGUGCUUCGGAAAGUUGCACUCAACAUCGACGGCAUCUCUGGCGCGCCUAUCAGUUGGUGACUAUGUGGCGAAUUGAAAACGCCUGGUGUAAAACGGCAACAGCCUUCGCACUUCUUCUUUUGGUUUUGAUGGCUUGGGUUUACCAAGUCUAUUUGCCGACCCCUGCAGGUAUCACCAAUUUUCCUCUACUGUCAAAGUGUCUCCAGCGACACCAAUCCAUCAUUUCUGACGUCAUCAUUCAUACCGAUGACAUCAUAAUAUGGUUUGUCGAGAGCUCAAAUGAAACUUGCCUAAAGGGUCGCCAGGCAUGCUCCAUCGAGUCAGCUUCGUUGCACAACCCAAUUGCACGUGUCAUUCUGCUGACCACAGGCCAGCUAUCUGCAGACUGUGACUAUUAUAAGGCGUUGUCCUCGCUGGAAAACUUUGCUAGCUUCAAACCUAAUUUGACGGACACAUUUAGUGACACUCCUAUAUAUUCUUGGUACAAGUCCCGAAACUGGACCAUGGGCCCUUAUCGGAUAGAAGAUCUCAGUGACGGCAUCAGACUAGCAGUAUUGUGGAAGUAUGGCGGAAUCUACCUAGACCUUGAUGUCAUUGUGCUUAACAGCCUUCUAGAACUAAACAACAGCGUAAUGUUCGAAGUCACUGGCCAACUGACUAACAGCGUGCUAUAUUUUCAUAAGGCACAUCCAUUCAUUGGUGAAGCGCUCAAGAGGUGCGCUGAAGAGUACAGCGCUGUUCGUUGGGGUAGCUGUGGCCCAUCGCUCUUGGGACGGGUCUACUACUCAUGGAGCAAUGGGAGAAAAGUGGUCCGGUUUAGAGAGCGCGAAACAUUUUUUGCGAUUGGAUACGAUGCUUGGAUGUCGUUUUUCCAGCCCAGCAAAACUGGUUCGGUGUUUGAGGCUGUAGCAAACAGCUAUGGCGUCCACCUGUGGAACAAAUUGAGCCAUGGUGUGAGAAAUGUUGUUGGAUCCGGGUCAGCCCUUGAUGUAAUGGCCAGGUUCAACUGCCCUACUGUGUACACAAUAAUGAAGUCGAAAAAAUUCUUCUGACGGUUUCUUUCAUCACUGCACAUUGAGUAGUAUGAUUGUUUCAUCUUACUUUCAAAUGAGAUCAAGCAUAAUGCUCAUACGUAUAUUGUUUGUGCUGUCGAUCGUGUGUUUUGCAUGAGUUCACGUGUUUUUCGUGGAAUUGUCUCAGGGUCUCAGGGUUAUAGCUGAUCGCAACAGCAUAGGAGAGGCCAGAAUGGUGAAGGAACGGGUGCAUUUCAACUCAUUGUUCACUCAAAAAAAUGAGAAGUGACAACCAUCUAUGCGUAAAGUCGGUCUGUGACAAGUUGACAUCUCUACGAAUAGGCAAGUUAUACAUCAUAAAGAAACUAGUAUGAGACACUGGAAAAGUGCCACUUCAGUGAAGCAAAUGAAUAACGGAAGAGAGGUGACUCUGUGUGAGCGUAUUGAAUAAAAAAUGCAGACCAAACAUAAUAACACAAAAAUACGUGCUAACAGAAAAGUUUAAACUUUGAAGAAAAUUGUAAUCGUAAAUAGAAAGCUAGAAUAAAAUAAAUAUUUUUUACUUUACCUAAUAAUACAGAUAAUUACCUAACACAAUUAAAUGUGUACAAAUGAAACAAUAUAUUAGGCAAUUGGAGGCUUGACGACACAACAGAGGUUUAAAGAGACCUUCUGUUACAAUUGUGUUUGUGUAUCGCUAGCUACAACACGAUAUGCACGUGUUCUGUUGUAGCUAAAGAGACAAGACGACAAUUUUGAUGAAGAGAGUCUUGCGCGUUUCGACUGUGCGGCAUUUGAGUGUAUUCUUCUGGUUGAGUAAAGCAAUCUUUUUAUUACGAUGUCUCCUGUGCUUCAAGGACGCCACGAAAACAAUAUUUGUGAGGAGUAGGUUUGAGUACGGUUGACCACAAUGAAAACAGAAAUGGUCAAGUGUAAGAAAGCGUGCACUGUUAACUGUUAUACAUUCUCAAGUGACACAUGUACAAAGGAGAUGAUACAUAAUAAAUAUUAACCGAACGAA